GCGGGUUUCUGGCGUAGGCAGUCGGCCCUCGCGCGCGCUUUCCACGCCCACUCGCCUCCGAUAACUUUGUGACAGUGAAUUUUCUCAACUUUCCGUCAUUCUUUUGAUUUUCAACAGCAAUGUGAUAUAUUUUGUGUUGCUUGUUUUUUUGUUCGGUUUGUGAUUUUUUUUGUUAACUAUUCUUCAAGGAGAUAGAACUUCGUCUUAUAAAUUUAAAAACCAGUCGCCGGGCUGGGUUAUGCUUGUAUUUGCGCACCACCGUCAAAACGCCACCCACAAUUAACAAGACGCGCCAAAAGAAGCCAAAAUGCACUCGAAAACGAAGAGAUAAGAAGUAUAAGAAAGACAAGAGUCCCACGAUGUUUUCCCUCGCGGAGGGAUGCGGCUGCGUCAGCUUCCGUAGCGGGCGGCGAGCUCGCUCGCUCGGAGACGACUCCUCUUCAUGCCGUAGCUCCGAGAUUGAGCAGGAGGUGCCCAAGAAGUUGGGGAAAAGAGUCCUCAACGGCGAAUGUACCAUGAAAGCUUUUGCUCCCUUCCUUAAGUUCUGGAGAAGAGACGAUGUCAGCAUGACCAAGGCGGAGAGAACGAUGAAGGCAGCCAUAUUGAUCCAGCAGUGGUACCGACGUUAUCUGGCCCGCAUGGAGGUGCGCCGGCGCUACACGUGGACCAUAUUCCAGAACAUCGAGUACGCAGGCGAACAGGACCAAGUCAAGUUGUACAACUUCUUCAACGCGCUGUUGAGCCACAUGAGGGACACCAGCGGCCGACCUUCGUCAGAGAGGACCUCGAGAACCGCUUCCGUGUGUGACCAGGUGUUUUCCGAGGAAUCUGACGAAGGCGGGGGCGUGGACGAGACGGCGCCAGCGAAAUCCUCGCGGGGCCCUGACAUCGAGUUCCCGCUCCAGAGGAAAGAUAUUGACUUACUGAUUGAAGCGUUUAGGAAGAAAAAGCAUCGCCUGCACCCGAAGCACGUGGCCCAGAUCCUGAAAGAGGCCACGACGGCACUCAAGCGUAUGCCCAACAUAAACGUGGCCACCACUUCGAUCUCCAGCCAGAUCACCGUUUGCGGCGAUCUGCAUGGGAAACUCGACGACUUGCUUGUUAUCUUCCAUAAGAAUGGGUUGCCGUCUCCGGAGAACCCAUAUAUCUUCAACGGGGACUUCGUGGACCGGGGGAAGAAGGGUCUGGAGGUGCUGCUGCUGCUGCUAGCAUGCAUGCUGGCGUUCCCGGGGGGCGUGUUCCUCAACCGCGGGAACCACGAGGAUCUCAUUAUGAAUUCUAGGUACGGUUUUAUAAGAGAAGUCCACCAGAAGUACAGGCACAAUGCGGAGCGACUGCUGAAAUUGAUCGAGGGAGUGUACCGCUGGCUACCGCUGGGCACUAUCAUCAACAACCGCGUGUUCAUCGUGCAUGGAGGCAUCUCCGACACCACCGACCUGGAUAUGAUUCGGGGGCUGGAGCGCGAUAAGUACGUGUCUCUACUGCGGCCGCCUGUCACGGAGAGCACGGCGCCCGGCGCUGACGUCAUUGACAAGGUGGAGUGGAAGCAGGUGUUCGACAUCCUGUGGUCGGACCCCCAGAGCAUUGGCGGGUGUGUGGCGAACGCCCUGCGCGGAGCCGGCACAUACUUCGGGCCGGAUGUCACCGCCACCUUCCUACAGAAGAACAAGCUUAGCUUCCUAGUGCGCAGUCACGAGUGCAAGCCUGGCGGAUACGAGAUCAUGCACAACGGGAACGUGAUAACUAUUUUCUCUGCUUCUAACUACUACGAGCUGGGUUCCAAUAAAGGGGCGUAUUUGAAGCUUUGUGGGAACUCGUUGGAGCGUCAGUUUGUUCAGUACACCGCGGCUGUGUCCCGCACUCGACGACUCACCUUCCGCCAGCGAGUGGGCCUGGUCGAGUCCUCGGCCAUGAGGGAACUACACAAUCAGAUCAUGAUGGCACGAAGACCCUUAGAGGCGACAUUUCGUAGCAUGGAUAUAGAUCAGAGCGGAUACAUAUCGGUGAGUGACUGGUGUCAAGCUAUGGAGGAAAUAACUCACCUCGGUCUUCCCUGGAGAAUGCUCAAGGACAAACUUGUGCGCACUGACCCCGAAACACGUAAAGUUCGAUAUAUGGAUACGUUUGAACUUUCUUCUAACAGAAUCGGGCGAAAAGCUGAAUCUCAAACCGUUGUAGAAACCCUCUAUAAAAAUAAGAGAAGUUUGGAAGCAAUUUUCAAGAUUUUAGAUAAGGACAAUUCAGGUUUCAUUACGCUUGAGGAGUUUUCGGAAGCUUGUCAGCUGAUAGGGAAGUACAUGCCGAACCCGAUGACGCAGGAUCAGCUGGUGGACAUCUGCCGGCUCAUGGACAUCAACAAGGACGGUCUGGUCGACCUCAACGAGUUCCUUGAAAGCUUCCGCCUGGCCGAGAAGAGCUUGCGCGACGAAGACUAUGCCGACAUGGCCGCCACCUGACAGGAGCUCGGCCGCCGCCCCAGCAGGACGGCGGUCGAUAAAGACGAAUCCGGGGUCGAGAUCGAAAUUCUUAAAUUGGACGAGGGCGGAAAAAAUAAAAACAUCAAACACGACGAGAACGGACAGGCUCAUUUAAUGGGUGACUGCGUUCCGAGUGGCUCUAAAGAGUCGGACGAAAUACAAUUAAUAGAUUGCGAGGACACGCCUAAACGGCCCGGGCUGCUGGAGAGUGAUAUGUGAAUGUACCAGCGCGGGCGCCGCUGGGGCGCGCAUUUUACACAUGCAACGACAUCGUCUCUCUACGUCUGCCGUCGACGUGCGUAUAUUUUCAAUAUUUCUCACACGUGUGCUUAAAUUGUUUUCGCCUUUUUGUCUUGUAACGUUUGAAGUCGUUCCUACUAUACCUAUUGCAUUGAGCCUAAUCUAUUUACUUAUACAUAAUUAUUCAAUUUUGUAGAUUAUUUAUAGAAAAAAUUCUAUUUAUAGCUAUAUUACUUGUUUUAAUAACAGUAUAUUUU